AUGAACUGGGCUGUACAAGGGUUCUCCAAUGGGAUCCUCAAGGGCCAGGCCAGGCAUCUUCCCACGGCCUCAGGCUACAAGUACUUCGGGCUCUGGGCCCUAGGACUCUUCUGCACAGAGCGCCAUCUGGCCCGGCGCCUUAAGAACAAUAGCUUCUACCCUUUCACACAGACGCUGCCGAAUGUCUUCGUGCUCGAGUACUACCUGGACACGUUGUGGAAAGGGAUGCUGCUCUUCGUCGUCUGCAUAGUUCUGGUCAGCUUCGGCUCCCUGAGAGAGGUACAGAAGCAGAAGACUUGGGGCUUUCCCGCGUAUGGCGUGGGCGUGAGCCUGUGGCUCAUAAUCUCUUCGCUGCCGCGGCGCCGCCUAGUGCUGAAUCACAUAAGCGGCUUGUACCACUUCUCCAUCCAGGGCCGCACCGUUUGUCAGGGCCCCAUGCACUUGGUCUACGUGCGCCUGGCUCUCACUUCCGAUGCCUACAGAAGGUGCUUCUUCCAGCUGGUCCUUGGUGGCUACAAAUUGGAGCCACUGGUACUGGUGCAGUUGUCGGAGCAUUAUGAGCAAAUGGAAUACCUGGGCCGUCACAUUGCCCGGAAACUUAACAUCAACUACUUCGACUACCUGACCAUGUCCUACCGGCAUGUGGUCCGCCACUGGCCCCUGAGGACAGUCAAUAGCCCGAACAUUGUGGUACGCAAGAAGAACAUGUACAAGCCAAGCCUCUUUCAGUCCCACACAGAGGAGUGA